AUGGCAAUGAUGAUGAUUCCUAGCCAAUCUUAUAGCUAUUCUAGCAUUGUUUCUUUGUAUUUCUUCUUCUUGUUUUCCCUUGUUCUACACACUCUUGCUUCUCCUACGUUCCAUCAUUGCCGUCACAGCCAGAGAGAUGCUCUUCUUGAGUUCAAGUUUCAUGUAGAUGACUUGAACUCAAGUCCAUCGCUGAGUUCAUGGAACAAGAGUAGAGAUUGCUGUUCUUGGAAAGGUGUCACAUGUGAUGUUAAAUCUGGAAAGUUUAUAAACCUUGCUCAAAACAACUUAGAUGGUCCAAUCCCUGAACUGAUAUCUCAAUACCAUAACCUAGAAGAGCUACACCUUAGUUUCAACAAUCUCAAUGGUUCAAUACCAAAGUCUCUAUCAAAGCUAUUCAAACUAGAAUACUUUUGUCUUACCAACAACAACAUGGAAGGAGAGGUACCAAGUUGGAUAUGGAGAUUGACUAUGGUAGCACUUUCUAACAACUCUUUCAACAAUUUUGGAACAUCAUCACAAGUUGUCGAUGAAACACAAAUCAAAUGUGAAGACUCUCUAGACGAAACAGAGGGUUACGAGAGUGUAAGAGAGACAAUGGAAUGCUUCCGUGUCUCUGCUUCGAUUCCCAAACUCUGUUUCUUCUCCAACUCAAGAAACUCCUCAACUUCUCGGCAUUUCAUCAUCCCAAGUUGCAGAGAGAGAAGCAGAGAGGAUCAACUCUCCACCUCUUCUUCACCAUACUCUAUACUCGGUGUGGAGCCAAACUGCUCACCUCUCGAGAUAAAGGCAGCUUUUCGUGCCAAAGUGAAACAAUACCAUCCUGAUGUAAACAGACAAGGAAGCAGCUCUGAUGUUAUGAUCCGUCGCAUUAUCCAGGCUUAUGAGAUGUUAACAAACUCUAGCAGAGCAGAGAUUAUUAUUGAAGUAGAAUGUUUGGACCCUUUUGAUCAUCCAGAGUGUGAGGCACUUGAUGUGUUUGUUAAUGAGGUCCUCUGCUUCGGAAAAAGAUGUUCAUACCCAUGUUUUAAGACAGCAUCUCAUGUCUUUUCAUGUGAUUCAACUGGAACAGCUCGAGCAAUGUCUCAAGGGCAUGGAGAAGAUUACCGUGUACAAUCUGCAGUUAAUCUGUGCCCUAGAAAUUGUAUACAUUAUGUCACACCUUCACAGAGAAUUAUUCUAGAAGAGUUAUUAGACAGUAUUUUGGACAAACCUUAUGAUUGUUCUGCGGAGGCAGAGUUGCUCUAUGCUCUUAUAGUCAAAGCUCAGUUUGAGAACAACCGGUACAUGAAACCAAAGAAGAAACAACCUGAGUCUUCAAGCAAACAUGUAGACUGGCUAUGAAGUUUUAGAGUUAAUCCGUGUUACUAAUUAAGUAUCUCUUCUUCAUGAAUAUGUAUUAACAUAAAACCAACAUUUUCAAUUUUCUCAAGCAAAAACCAAAGUUUUUUUCUUUGUAACAUCUGAACAAAGCUAAAAGCUAAGACGUGAUCAAACCUUAAGAUUCCGACAAAUCUUGUCUCCAAG